GCAGCCCUCGGGCCGGCCGCCGGCCGCCUUUGCUCCGCAGUUGUCUCCUCCCGGGCACACCUGGACGGCCGCCCGGAAGCCGUCUUGGAGUUCUGAAGCUCCUGCCCCUCCACACUCAAAACCCGUGGAGGUGGGUGGCCUGUUGCCAGUUCGAGUCCGUCGUGCGCUGGGAACCAUCUACCUGGCCGCUCUCCCUCCCCGUCCAGCCGCCGACCAUGCCCGCGGGCGUGCCCUGGCCCACCUACCUGAAAACGGUCGCCGCCAGCCUCCUGGCCAUGUGCGCCGGGGCCCAAGUGGUGCACAGGUACUACCAGCCCGACCUGACAAUACCUGAAAUUCCACCAAAGCCUGGAGAACUCAAAACGGAGCUUUUGGGACUGAAAGAAAGACAACAUGAACCUCAAAUUUCCCAGCAGUAGAAAACUCAAAAUACUGCUCUGGCAAGAACUUUGAAUAGUAUUAUAAGUCUUUAAUAUAUAAGUAUUUUAAAAUAGAGUUAAACUGCUUGUCCGUAAGCACCAUUGCAAGAGCAGGUGCUUGGUAGAUGUUAAUGGAGCUCUAAUUAAGGUUUGACCAGCGUUUCUUGAAAACUGCCACAGCUCAUGUUUUCAACUUCUUGAAUGUGGUUUGUAGAUACUUAAUCUUGACUAACUUAUGAGAUAAGAGUAUUUGAGAUACUGCCCUUAUAAUUCUGUUUUUCUCUCUGAAUAAGCUUGAAUAUACGGCAAAUGGAAAGUAUUAGUGAUAAGUGAUAUUGACAAGGAAUACUUAUCGUAUGAAGCUAAUAUUUCUCUAAAUAUUGGAAAGUAUUUGGACUAAGCAGAAUAAAAUUGAAAUAUUUAAA